AUGGCGGAGGAGGCGGUGACGCAGGAGGAGGAGGAGGAUCAGGAUCAGGAGGAGGCGCACGCGGAAGUGCUGGCGCGGUGGCAGGCGGCGCUGGCGCGGCUCGUGAGGGAUCCGCUGCUCUGCGAUCUCCCCGCCCAGGUGACCCCCGAGGAGAUCAGCUCGCAGGUGGCCCUGGAGUACGGCCAGGCCAUGACGGUGCGCGUGCGCAGAGGAGACGCCCCCCAGGCGCCCAGGCCUGUGGUGGUGGUGCAGAACGCCAGUGUCCUGGACUUGAAGAAAGCCAUCCAGCGGUUUGUGCAGCUGAAGCAGGAGCGAGAAGGGGGCAUCCAGCAUAUCAGCUGGAAGUACGUGUGGCGGACAUACAGCUUAACCUUUGGUGGAGAGAAGCUGACAGAUGAUCAGAAGAAGCUGAGAGAGUACGGCAUCCGUAAUCGGGAUGAAGUCAGCUUCGUAAAAAAGCUUCGGAAGUGAGCUGCAGGUGAUGGUCGUUGUGGCCUUUGGAGGACCAAUCUGGCCCUGCUUUGCAUUUCCAGUUGGAAGGAGGCCCAUCUCUUGACAGACACCGCUGCAAAGAAGGGAGCGUAGAGGCACUGCAAGCCUGCCCUGGCUCUCUACUGGCAGGAUCUUGAGUUAACCACUAGGCUUUUGUCAGAAACGGGGGGGUAUAGAGACAUACCCCAAGCCUAUGCAGGUGUAAACCACCAGCCCUCCCUGAGUAGAACUGGAGAAAUGGCAUCUAGAAAGGGAUUGGUUGCCUGGAGAGCAAUAGACGUGGGUAGCAGCACUGGAGAAACGUGAGAAGCAGCCCAAGCCUCCAAGCAGUCAGUUUUUAGCCUUAACUUGACAAUACCGAAGGUGCCGUUUUGUAACCAUUGGCUUUCCAAUAAAGUGUUGAGUCUGGUAA